UGCAAGUAUCUUACCUCAUUGUGACAAAGCCCGCAUGAACCUCAUAGCUCCACGACAACAACCCCCAUCUUCUUCAUCUUCUUCUUCCUCCUCCUAGCCUCUGCGGCUCUGCCUGUUACCAACAACCAUGUCAACCUCCGGCGACCAAACCCCCCGCCACCCUCACAUCCUAGUCUACCCGUACCCUGCACAAGGCCACAUGCUAUCACUCAUCGAACUAACUAACCAACUAGCCCUCCGCUCCCUCACCAUUACAAUCAUCAUCACCCCCAAAAACCUCCCAAUUCUCGCACCACUCCUCUCAACUCAUCCCUCAAUCGAAACCCUAGUCCUCCCAUUUCCUUCACACCCCAGAAUACCCCCUGGCGUCGAAAACGUCAAGGAUAUCGGCAACCACGGCAACCUCGCCGUCAUCAACGCCCUUGCCGGACUCUACGACCCCAUCAUGCAGUGGUUCAAGUCCCACCCUAACCCCCCUGUGGCUCUCAUCUCCGACUUCUUUCUCGGCUACACUCUCAAACUCGCCGACCAACUCAAAAUCCCGAGAAUAGCCUUCUUCUCGGUCAGAGCCUGCUCGGCCUUGAUUCUCGAGUACUGUUGGCGAAACCUAGAUCUGGUCCAGUCCUCGUCGGCCGUUAUUGACUUUCCCGACGUUCCUCGAUCGCCUUCGUUGAAGAAGGAGCACGUGCCGUCCAUUGUGUUAGCUCACAGAGGAGCGGAUCCCGAGUCUGAGCUCUUGAGAGUUUCCAUGCUUGCCAAUACCGACAGCUGGGGCUGUAUUUUCAAUAGUUUUCAAGACUUGGAUGGUGAGUAUUUGGACCACUUGAAGAGAAGAAUGGGCCACAAUCGGGUUUACAGUGUCGGUCCGUUGAGUCUGAUUGAUGCCGGAGAUGGUGGGUUGGACUGGGGCAACCUGAACACGGGUUCCGGUGGCGACGUAAUGGCGUGGCUUGACGGGUGUCCUGAUGGAUCUGUCCUUUAUGUUUGUUUUGGGAGUCAAAAGUUGUUGAAUAGUAAACAAAUGGAGGCGUUGGCUAGGGGGCUCGAACUUAGCGGGAAGAGAUUUGUGUGGGCUGUGAAAACGGGCUCGGCCCAGGAGGUGAAAGACGGGUACGGUGUAGUGCCCAACGGAUUUGAGGAGCGGGUUGCGGGGCGGGGCUGGCUGGUGAAAGGUUGGGCACCUCAAAAGUUGAUUUUGGGUCACCCGGCCGUGGGCGGAUUCUUGAGCCAUUGCGGCUGGAACUCGGUGCUUGAAGCGAUAGCGAGCGGGGUUUUCAUACUGGGCUGGCCCAUGGAGGCGGACCAGUAUGUGACUGCCAAGCUGUUGGUGGAGGACAUGAGUGUGGCCAUACAAGUGUGCGAGGGUGCGUUUGGUGUACCUGACCCGGCCCAAUUAGGAAAGGUGGUUGCUGCGUCACUAAGCGACGACGUGGCCAUAAAAGUGAGAGCAAAGGAGCUUGGGGAAAAGGCAUUUGCGGCCGUGAGCGAUGGUGGGAGCUCUUUAAAAAAUUUGGAAGAGUUUGUGAAAGAGUUGAGCCAAAUUUGAGCGGCAAUGUGAUUGUAUGAAUAUCAAUUCUUAAUUUGAGAAGCAUUGUUUUUA